AUGGCUGGAACGGGCUAUGGGCGGGCGAUAGGGAUUGAUUUGGGGACGACGUAUUCUUGUGUGGCAGCGUGGAAGCACGACCGCGUUGAGAUCAUACCAAACGAUCAGGGCAACCGCACCACGCCUUCUCAAGUCGCUUUCACUGACUCCCUUCGUCUUGUUGGUGACGCCGCUAAGAACCAAGUUGCUAAAAAUCCCUUCAACACUGUUUUUGAUGCAAAGAGGUUGAUCGGUCGCAAAUUCAGUGACCCGGCAGUCCAAAGUGACAAAAUGUUUUGGCCAUUCAAGAUCAUUCGUGGCACUGGCGACAAGCCUAUGAUCGCGGUAACCUAUAAAGGGGAGGAGAAACAGUUUUCAGCUGAGGAGAUCUCUUCAAUGGUGCUUACCAUGAUGAAGGAAAUCGCCGAGGCAUAUCUUGGCAAAACUGUCAAGGAUGCUGUCGUGACUGUGCCUGCUUAUUUCAACGACUCUCAGCGUCAAGCCACCAAGGCUGCCGGAGCCAUUGCUGGCCUCAAUGUUAUAAGAAUCAUCAAUGAGCCUACUGCUGCAGCCAUUGCUUACGGUUUUGAUAAUGGUGUUACUAGCUCUGUGGCAAAGAAUGUGCUGAUUUUCGACCUUGGUGGUGGCACCUUCGACGUGUCUGUGGCCAUGAUUGAGGGAAAUGUCAUUGAAGUGAAGGCUAUCGCCGGCGAUACUCAUCUUGGAGGACAGGACAUGGACGAUAGGAUGGUGAAUNNNNUCAUGAAAGAGUUCAAAAGCAAGAAGGGUAAGGAUAUUAGGGGGAAUCCAAGAGCUAUUAGGAGAUUGAGGAGUGCUUGUGAAAGAGCCAAGAGGGUAAUUUCCUCCACUUUGGAGGCCCCAAUUGAGAUUGAAUCGUUGUUUGAGGGGAUUGAUCUGUUUUCCACUAUUAGUCGUGCUAAAUUCGAAGAUCUUAACAUGGAUUUAUUCAACAAGUGUAUGGAACUGGUUAAGAGUUGCUUGAGUGAUGCAAAGAUAGAGAAGAGCAGUGUGGAUGAGGUGGUGCUGGUGGGCGGGUCCAGUAGGAUUCCCAAGGUCCAGCAGAUGUUGAAGGAGUUUUUUAGUGGGAAGAAGGCCUGUAAAACCAUUAAUCCAGACGAAGCUGUGGCAUAUGGUGCUGCAGUGCUAGCUGCCAAGUUGAGCGGUGAAGGCAGUGAGAAGGUGCAAAAGCUCAUGUUUUCGGAUGUUACUCCGCUGUCACUUGGUGUUGAAGUUGUAGGAGAUGUGAUGUCAGUAUUUAUUCCAAGGAAUACACCAAUCCCAACAAGGAAGGAGCGUAUUCAUGUGACGGUCUAUGACAAUCAGACUGAAGUGGAGUUUUUAGUCUACGAAGGUGAAAGAAGCAAGUCAAAAGAAAACAAUCUUCUAGGUGAAUUCUGGCUCGAAGGUAUUCCACCAGCGCCUAGAGGUGUUGCCAAAAUCAAAGUGUGCUUCGACCUGGAUGAGAAUGGUAUCUUGAAUGUGUCAGCGAAGCACACAAAGACUGGAUUGAAGAACGGCAUCACCAUAAUAAACGAAAAAGGUAGGCUGUCGGUGGUAGAAAUUCAGAAGAUGAUUGAGGAUGCGAAGAAGUACAAGUUGGAGGAUGACGAGUUUAGGGAGAAGGCUGAGGCCAGAUAUGAUUUGGAAGACUACGCCUACGACAUGAGGAACACCAUUAGAAGUGCAGUUAAGCUCAAAGCAAAACACAAGAAGAAGAUGGAGGAUGCUUUUGAGUCUUUCAUAAAGUGGUUGGAGUGUAACAAACAUGCAGAGGCUGAUGAUUUUAGAGACAAGAUGAAGGAGCUCCAGACUGUUUUCAAUCCCAUCGUCGCCAAGAUGAAAUAA